GGACAAGAUAAAUCUUGCCAACCGCAAGUUGAGACCAGAUGUGAUCAUCUACCCGACAAACAAAGAAGCCAUGGACGCCUAUAAAAUCCAGAAGACAGAUGACGCCGAUGGGGAGUCCCUCGCCCGUGUCCGAUGGGCGUGGGCCUGUGUCCCCAUUGAGCUCAAGUCCACCGCUUCAAAAGCACCGUUUGCAAAGGCAAACAGCAAGCACUUCUUUACUGGCGGACAGCUGGGGCGGCUGGCCAGGGGUCAGAUUGCCGACUACGCUGCGAUGAUUCUUAAUCACCAACAUAGGGUGUUCUGCUUCAUGAUCGUCAUCACUGGGGUCGAAGCGCGCCUGCUGCGCUGGGAUCGAGCUGGAGCGGUCGUCACCAAUGCUUUCGACCUUACGGACUCGGAGCAAGUCAAGCCGAUGUACCGGUUUCUCUACAGGCUGAGCAAGAUGACCGCCGAGCAGCGUGGAUAUGACCCAACGGUAGUGCCUGCCAGCAAUGACGAAAUCACGUCGAUGAAUGUAGCCAGGGAUGCUCUGCCGGAGAGCGACUAUCGUCGUAAGCGCAUCGCUGCUGCCAUGACCUGUGGGUGGCAGAUCCAGAAGAUCAGGAUGCGCGAACAGGACGUGGUGUCCGUAGAGGCGUGGCGCCGCGCUGGCCAAGAUUCGACCUCUGCACCUCCAGACUCAUCCUCUCUGUCUUCGAGUGUCCAAGCCGGUGUUGCUCCAUCCCGCCUUUCCUCUACGUCUUCCGAUGCUCAUGCUCCCGCGUCUUCGGAUAGCAGAAACGAGACAGGCAGCGCGGACUCUGGGGGCCGCUACUUCCUCGUUGGUAAACCCGAGCAUCACACCGACUCUCCGAUUGGACGCGGGACACGGGGAUACAUCGCCUACGAUAUGAAGACUGGGAAAUUCGUUUUCCUCAGGGACUCCUGGCGCUACGAAACGUCAAAGUCGGAGAUAAAGGUCUACGAGCAAUUGCACAGGAAUCGAGUCAGACACAUCGCGACACCGAUAUGCGGGGGCGAUGUUAUGGGGCAAGAUAACUCUCCACAACAGACAUGUGCACAAGAGUUCGACAAGGACAAGAAAAUGCCGAAGUACAUUCAUAACCGUCUGGUAGUGGAAGAAAUCGGCAUCUCCCUCCUGGAGUUCCCCACUGGGCGGGAUUUGGUGGUCGUAAUGACACACGCACUCAUAGUCACUCACCUCACGUCUGAAGCCCAUGAAGACGCAUGGAAGUUCGCUGAAGUCAUGCAUCGUGACAUCAGUGUUGCGAAUAUCCUCAUGCUUCCUGAUGCAAAUCCAGAAGCUGUCGGCGUGAGUUAUAAGGAGGAGCUUGGAGCUGCUACGCAACGAAGUCGCUCGGGGACGUGGCAAUUCAUGUCCGCUUCGCUCCUCAAAGGACCAGGAAUCAAGACGCAUGAAGUCGCGGACGAUCUUGAAUCCUAUAUGCACGUGCUCAACUGGUUGUGUCUGCGAUUCUUCAAGACGUCGCAUGUCAACCUGCGGUCGUACGUCUCCGAUUCGUACGAUCUGGUCACAAAGGUUGGGAAACACCGCACUGGCGGUCACGAAAAAUACCAGGCUAUAAAGGAUGGCCGAGCGAUGGCGAACUUAGAGCAGAAAGAAGGCACUCCGCUAAAGGUUCUCGUUGAAUCGUUGGCCACCAUGUGUCACGUCCAUUAUCAAGCGGUUGACUCAAGCCCCUCCUCCGAGCCAGGAGAUGACCGUCCACGCCGUCACCCCAUCAUCACGAUCGGUGGAGCUAGUCCCGAUACCUACAAGUGGUCAGACAUCUAUAAUCCGCGAACUAGACAAGAUGAACCGAAGGUCAAGAAGGACGAUCCUCUAGUGAACCACAGACUGUUUAUCGCUGCUUUCCUAAUUGCAUGUUCGGCCCCUGCUUCUGAAUUUCCUGCCAAAGAGGAAGAUAAAUUCGCAUUCUUCAAGGACAUCCACACCGAGCAUAGUCUCAAGCGCGGGAUCAAAACGGCGAUCAACGGAACUUGUUAGCAGCAAUAGCAGCAGCAGCAGCAGCGACGAGGAGCAGGAAGAGCCUCCUGAGAAGAGACUCAAACUCAGGAUUACCAAGGCCAAUCGUCUUCGCGGCCUGCCGGAAGAAACCCUGUCAUCCAUCAAUGGGGACGAGGUGACCGAGGACGAAUACGGGACAGAGGAUUCGAGUGCCUCAAGCUAGGUGAAGGUGAUUUGCCCCGGUAUAUGCACUGCUAUGAAUGGACACAUUCGAUACAUUUAUUAUGGUUCGAUUUAGCUUUCUUGUUUUCGCGCUGUACCCGGUUCCGUCUCACUAAGCAAAUGCUUUCUACAAUUAUGGUCAUCUGGAGCUGUCGUUCAGCUGAUGAGCCGUGGU